CGCGCUCCACCGCUCUCGCGCGCGUCCCGCCCGGAGGCGCACGAACGCGCGCCCGCCGCGCUGGGGCCCGGCCCGCGAUGAACGCGCACGCGGUCGCGACGCUGACCGCGUCGACGUCUUACGGCGGCGCGGGCGGCGGCGCGGCGCGGCUUCGAAAAAGCACGACGACGACGAUGACGAGGCACGGUCGCGUCGGCGACGGACGACGACGCGGCGGGACGACGAUCGAGGCGAAGAUCUGGACGAACGACGGAAGGCGGAAGGCCGCGGAGAUGAUGGGGCUGACCAUGGAGGAAGCGAUGGAACCGAAGACCCUGAAGCGCGCGUUCCGGAAGCUCGCGCUGAGGUACCACCCCGACAUCGCGCGCGAGGGCGCGGACGCGGGGAAGUUCGCGACGCUCCAGGACGCCUACCGGAUCCUGAGCGAGGGGGAGACGAUGCGAGACCUCCCCGACGAUCUCGAGUGGAGCCAUCACGACUGGCGCUGGCAGCAGCGGUAUAAGGACGACGCGCACGGCGGCGGCGCGCGCGGCGACGGCGACGGCGAGCACGCCGCGGACGCCAGCGCGAGGACGAUCACGGAGGAAGAGAGGAAGGCGAAGCUCGAAGAGCAGCUGCAGAAGAUGGCUGGCGCGCCCGUCAAAAGAAAACGACGGAAGAUCAAACCUCUGAGCGAGACGGCGAAGCCGACGCCGCAGCCGUCCGCCGCGGCGUUCACCGAGGUCUUCGCGUCGGAGGACGAGGACGAGGAGAAGGAGGAGAAGAAGAAGGAGAAGAAUGAGGAGGAGGAUGGGGACGACGCGGCGGCGAGCGCCGCUUCGUCGAGAGCGGACGACGACGGCGGUCCUUCGACGAGCGGCGGCGCCGCCGCCGAUACCACCUGCGACGUCAGCGACGGGUGCUCCACGGAGGAGGAGUACUCGCCGCUCGACGCGGACGGCCGCGCGGCGUUCAACGCGCGAAAGACGCGCGGGUACCAGAGCGACCGGCACUCCACUGAGAGCGCGCACGAUCGCCUCAACGCGCAGCUCGCCGGUUUGCAGCGCAAACGCGUCAUACGCGCGCGCGCGAUGGGCAUCGACCUCGACGUGGAGAAGAGGAACGAGGAGAAAGACGCGGAGGUCAAGGCGUACAACGCGCGGUCGAAUAAGACGCGGUUUUACGGCGGCGUCGGGUUGCAGCUGGAAGAGAGCACGCCGGAGCGUUUCUUGCGGCUCGCGAAGCUCGCGAAGGAGUGGAGGGAACAGAGAGGGUUGUCGGACAUGAUUUACGAGAGCAACGGCGAGCGUUUGAGCGCGAGGGAGUUGUUGCAGGCGGCAGUCGAAGGCGCGUCCAUGGGCGCGUGCGCGUGAUGAAGGAAGGACAGAGAGCGAGAUCGCGGUCGAGACGACGGACCAGACGACGUUAGAACAACAUUAAAUCGUAUUCGUAUUGAGAACAAC